CGAGCUUUCGUAGUCGGCAUCGGCCAUCCGCGACGCGAACUUUCACCCGGUUCGGGCGGUCCCGCGCGCGUCGCGGCGCGACUUAUGAAGUUGUUGCGCGUCGUACGCGCCGAUGUACCGUGCUCGAGGCCGAGAAAAGGUGGAGACGUUCGAGCGUACGUUUUUCGCGACUCUCGACGAUCGCGAGAAUGCGGCCGCGCGACUGAAGAAAUUGUGCGACUUGACUUUGGGGCCUGAGACGUUAUAAUCUUCGGAAUCUUCGGUUUCGGGCCAGUGCAAUUUUGCGGGCGGCGAACAGAUGAGGAUUAAUUCAGUCUGGAAUUUACGUACAUAAUUCUUUGGAUUGACGCUUACGUGCACGUAUGCGUGGCAAGGACGAUGUUCUCUCCUCGAAGAUGCUGAUCGCACGGGGCGAAUUGAAGUCGCGACGCGUCUAGCGUAAGGGUUGAUUUUAUUGAAGUCCCGAUCGCGCCCACGGGCAAACGCGUGCAAGCGAAUGGAAAAACUGUUUGGGAAAACAAAAGCUGCGGACUACCAAGAGCGACGCCGCCUCUAAUUUUAAUUUCAUCGGCCGUCCGGCCGGUCUAUAAACCACGCUUUGCGUUCUCGGUUGCUCGAUCGCGCGCGAUGAAACCAGCCGGCCGGAAGAAUUUCGAUGCUGUCCCCGGAAUUGCGGCAAGCCGCUCUUAACCCGGAUAGGGCCGCGAAGGAACAAGAAGAUCGUUGGCAAGAACGCCGUCAACCGUUGAAGAAAUUAGGUGAAAAUUACAAAUCGUGGACCAGAGGGUGCGUGAACGCCGUCGAGCGAUGGAUUUUGUGUUGCUGUUCCUCGUGAUGUUGCUGAGGCAAGAGGUCGCUGCUCUGAGGCUACUCCACAUAAAUGUCCCGGCGUACACCCUCAGGGGUAGGAGCGCGCUUCUGGAAUGCAGAUACGAUCUGGAGAGAGACCAUCUCUAUGGUAUCACAUGGUACAAGGACAACGAGGUAUUCUACAAAUAUGUACUUCGAGAGAAAAUUCCUCACAUCUAUGACGUCAAUGGUGUUAAAGUUGACAGAGGUCAUUCGAAUGAUCAAAUAGUGACACUGCAGGAUGCAAGCCUCCUUGCCAGCGGCACAUACAGAUGCGAAGUUAACGCAGAGGCGCCGAGCUUCACCACAGCCUUCGCCGAGGCGAGAAUGGAGGUCAUAGCACUACCUCAAGAAAAGCCAAAGAUAAUCGGAGAGGAAAAAGUAUACGCGAGUGGUGACGUGCUCGCGCUGAAUUGCACUAGUGACAAGUCCCACCCUCCUGCGAAACUUAAAUGGUUCGUUAAUGGCCAGCAGGUGAAGCCCGAUUCGGAAUUGGUGUUCGAGCAGCACGGGCUAUACUCGACGAUAUCGAGUCUGCUACUCGAGCUGGAGCCGGGUCAUCUCGCCAGCGACAAGAUAAACGUCAGGUGCGAGGCGACGGUGCGAUCGACUCACGAGGUCUCCGAACCGUUCGUCGACGUUCGCAACACCGAGGUCUUCGUUCGAGGUCUCGCCAGUGUAAUGACACCCUCGCUAUGUUUGUUGGUGGCCGUGGUAUUACAACAGUUUCUGCUGCCCGUGUAGACUUUUCCGAAGCGAGGAGGACAUCAAAACGACUCUAAAUGCGAGAGAAAACAGGGAGGAGGCGGAUCACGAAGGAAAUGGAAGGCGAGAGACGAACAACGUUUCGUGAUGAAAGACAAUCAUAUCUUAAUACGAAGCGAACUGCGACGAGAAAUCGGGGGAUUCGCGUCAGACUUGUCGAUCGUUAUCGCAAACGGCGAACGGCAGCGCGUCCUUGCGAUUUUUGCACGUCGCUGCGUCUUCUCGUUAAACUGGAGGAGAAUCGAGCGUUCAGUCGUUCAAGGCAUCGAUCGCUCGUCGUUGCCCUCGAGAGUACAUCCCCCCAUCUCUUCGAGACACACGUAAAAUCCUAGAUAGCCUAAUUAAUCGCGGAAGAAAAUACGCGAUAACCAAGUGGACACUCAAAGUUCUCGCACGUACGAGGAACCUCCUCCUCGACGCUCGUCUAUUCUGUUAGGGAUCGAUAUUUGCAUCGUUACUCGUGAAAUAGAUUUAAAUCGGCCGCACUCGGGGGUUCGAACUCUCGAUAACGAGAAGAAACUUUUUGAACUUUCCAUCUUAAUUAUAUAAGUUGGAAAAUUAACUGAUUUUACAGCCAUAAAAUAAAAUUUGUGAAUAAAAUUUCAUUAACAAAUUUUUAUGGAUUUAACAGAAAUUGCCAAUUGGGGCCAUCGUCUGACGAAUACUGCAUAAAACUGAGACAUUGAUUUCUGCCUCUUUUGCAAGUUUAAAUCUCGUGAAUCCUUAUCUUUUACAUAUCACUUUGUUAAUAGUUCAAAGAAGUAAGAGGCGCAGUCAUUCAGAAUCAUGGAUGAGGAAUGAGAUUUUGCACCGAAGAUGGAAGGAGAAAGAGUAAGUACCUUAACAUCGUAUCAGAAAUAACACUCACUCAUUGAAAGACUAAAAAUCCAUUUGGCAGUGCGAGUAACGGCGAUAUCGAUUCCCAUGCAAUUUUCGUUAUAAUAUGACACUGCAAUCCUUUUAAAUUGCAAUCCUUUUUUAUCUGCAAUAUUUUUGGAAUAAUAUCAAUCAAGAUAUGCUUGAUAUUUUUUGUUUCGAUUUUUUUUUGGCUUAUAUUCGAAUCGUGUUCAAAAAUAAUUUAAAUAAAAGCGACAAUGUAUACGAAGAGAUAUCUCGGAGAAGUAACUUUAAAAAUGACAUAUAAUUUCUUGUCAGUUCUAAUUUAGAAUCUUCUUCCGUGAUAUAUACAGCUAUGAAAUUGUACAACCAAGAGAAAUCAAUUUGAAAGCGUCGAGAACGUUGUACCUCAGGAUUCGAGAACAUUUCUCAGCGUGAUACCGUUAUCAGUGAUAACGGCGCAGCAUUUGUUAUCGAGAUGCAAUCGUCAUCGAUUGUAUGCAUGCCGCGGCCGAAUGUAUAUACAAUACUUAGGUAGACACAUUUUCAUCGAGCCCCGUCGUAAGCUUCCUUUAUUCUAAUUAUAAUUCUUAAUUCAUACGUGUGAUUAAUAUAAUAAGCCAGAAAGGAACUCGCGUUCUCCAGAUGUAUCUCACGAACAUUCUCUCUUUUGCUGCAUAAUGCACCAUCAUGCCUAAAAAUCAUUGGAUAAGUGCGAAAGAAGGAUUUUGUCGCUAGGGUAAACAGAGAUGAAUAGAAUCACAUUUAUUAAUACAGAAAAAAAUAUCAUAAUGAGUUUUAAAAAUCUUACA